AUGGUUGUGUAUUUGGCGUACUUGCGCCUGUUUCGAGAGUACUUGACUGUGAAUGUGCUUGGCAGUGGCUUCAGCGACUAUGUGUGGGCGGACGAGCGUGGGCUGUGGGGGACUGACCGACUGACGCGGGCGCUGCAGCGCGAGACGGGCAAGAGACUUGGAGUGGAGCUGCACACGCUCGACUACCGGCACACCGCUGUCGGCAUCAGGAGGGAGAAGGUAGGGCCGGCGUUCGGCAAGGGCUAUCAGGACAAGAUGGGUGAGGUGGAAGAGGCUGAGGUAGACGAAGGAGAGGAGGACUUGAUAGAGCUGCAGAACGCGCGGACAACGGCGAUAGGGGUGAGCAACUACAGCGUGCUAAUUGACAUUGUGAAGCAUCUCAGCGCGCGCUCAAUUGAAGCGUUCCAGACGCUCAGCAACGCGUGGCACAGCUUCUUAGGGCUAGAGAAGCCAAUGUGGACGCGAGCAGACGAGCGAAGAAGCAACAGCGUAUUAACAAUAAUAGCAAAGACAAAGAAGAAGAAGAAGGAGAAGAGGAGGAGGAGGAGGAGGAGGAAGAGGAGGAAGAGGGGGGCAGAGAGUUUGUACGGCAACAGAGACUGUUCUAACUUUAGGUUGGUUAAGCAAGAGCAGGCACUGCACGCGGUGAUGGACAGGCAGACGCUGCUGGUGGUUGUGCUGCUGACGGGCGGAGGCAAGAGCUUGCUGUUCAGCGUGCCGGCUUGCUUGACAGACGCUGGGGUGACGGUGGUCGUGGUGCCGUAUCGAGCGCUGAUGGAGGACUUGGUGAGCCGCAUGCAAAAGUGCGGCAUCGACUGCAUUGAGUGGAAGUACAGAGAGAGCAACCUAGCGAGCGUGGUUGUG